AGUGCUUUUGAAUAAUUAAUCGUAUAUCUCCUAAUAAAAUCUGAAGACGAAAUAUUUACGAAAAAUGUUAAGUUUUAAUUUAAUAUUUUUCUUAUUUAUUACAUACGUCGCGUAUUUAGGUAUCUGCGAUCGUUGUUGUCUAAUCAAUCGUCACAAGUUGCCACCAUACAAUCUAAUAAAGAUUAAUUCAUGUUCGGGUCAACCAAUUAUAUCGCGAAGAAUGGUCUCCAGCGUGAACAAAUGUGAAGAAUUCGCCGCAUCGAAGAGAGCUCUCGCCUUCAAUUUUAUUUCCGCAAGAAACUAUACCGAUAAACGAGAAAAUUCGUGUCAAGCUCUUGAAUGCCCCGAAGAUUAUAACAUGACUACCCUCGUGCCUGAGACAGAUUGCACAUAUUACAGCAUGUAUCCCAUUGUAACUCUGCCUGCGAAUGCUACGAUGCAGUGUCUUCCUAAAGCGGGAAUAUUUUUGUUCUCGUUCGAGCACUUAAAUUACACUGAUGCACGAAACUUUUGCCAGAAACGAAACGGAUCUCUCGCGCAUGUGAUAAGUGAGGAGCGCACGGAAGGCCUCGGCAAAUUUGUGUCGCAUAAUAUUUCCAGAUUUAUUGGUCUCAGCAGCGAAAGCAAGGAGAGAAUCUGGAAGAACGAAUUUGGCGAACCCUUAUCUUGCUUCGACUAUCGAGCAUGGGGCGAAGGACAACCGUCGCAUUCGAAGGGGUGUGCCGUCCUCGCAAAUCCAUCUGCCAAAAGCUCGCCGCCCUUCUGGCAAGUGAUGCCUUGCCAUACAUCGCUGCCCUUUAUUUGUGAAAUCUCGCCAUUGCCUGACGAAUCGUCGAAGCAGCGUAGUAAAAAUCAUCAUCACACAUAGUACAAUUAUAUUAAAUACAAUUACACGAAAAGUUACGAUAAUUAUAUAACAUGAAAGGAUAAGUUUAGUUGCUCAUGCACAAAUUAGUAACUUUACAAUAUUAUGAGAUGUUAAUUAGCAUCAGUAUUAAUAAAUUGCUGGUCAAUUUUAUUUGUGAU